AUGCAAAUCAAAAAUGGAAGUGCCUUUAAACAACGUGAAGAGCUCGAGUACGAGCUGGCCUGCGCUCGGCAACCUUCCUUGCGGGAUUCCAUCUUGCCGAACGAUCCCGAAUACAGACGGAAGGGGAGGGAGUAUAAUAUAUUCACAUUAUGCUCUUACAUCGACUCGUUACGUUAUUAUGACAAGCCGAAUUAUGCGAUAAUUCGUGGACUCCUGCGGGAUGCACUCACUUCCAAUGCACUCAGUGAAUUCCCUUAUGACUGGGAGCUCGACCAGAGCAAAUUACCCGAUCCCUCUUCUGCAGCUGCAACAACUCCGCCGAAUGAAGCAAAGCUGGAAAAGCCGAAACCUUCGUAA